ACCGACGCAUCCACAGACCCCCGUCGUCGUGUUAAAAUAAGAAGAGUCGAAACAAAUCACAAAUCUCCUUUUCCUCUGCCCGCCGCUCGCCCGGAACCUCCCCGUCGCCGCCGCCGCCGCCGCUCGCCCGAGACCUCCCCGUCGUCGCCGAUAUCCCGGAGCCACCGCACCUCCGCUCGUCGCGCCGCUCGUAUCCUCCUCCUCCGCCUCCUCGCCGGAGACAACAUGUCGACGCUUGCCGCGGCGAGGGCCGACAACUUCUACUACCCGCCCGAAUGGAGCCCGAAGAAGGGUGGGCUGAACAAGUUCCACGGCCAACAUGCCCUCAGGGAGCGGGCGAGGAAGCUGGAUCAGGGCAUCCUGAUUAUAAGAUUCGAGAUGCCUUUCAAUGUCUGGUGUGGUGGAUGCAGCUCCAUGAUAGGGAAGGGAGUAAGGUUUAAUGCUGAAAAGAAACAAGUUGGAAAUUAUUACUCUACCAAGAUAUGGAGCUUCAGUAUGAAAUCACCAUGUUGCCAGCAUGAGAUAGUCAUACAUACGGACCCGAAGAAUACUGAGUAUGUUAUAAUCAGUGGGGCUCAGCGGAAGACUGAAGAUUUCGAUGUUGAAGAUGCAGAGACGCUCCUGCUCCCUGCGGAUGAAGAAAGAGACAAGCUUGCGGAUCCCAUGUAUAAGCUUGAACACCAGGGAGAGGAUAUUCGGAAGAAGAAAGAAGAGGAGCCUGUUUUAGUUCGGCUUCAACGCCUCUCUGAUAGCCGUCAUUCUGAUGAUUAUUCCCUGAACAGAACCCUCCGCGACCGCCUUAGGGUCAUCUAGUGAAUUCCUUUGUAUAAUUUUUCAUCAGUAAGUUGUCUAACUGUCAGGAUUCUUAUCCACUUGUUGUCCUAUUAUUUAUGUAGAGCCAAAAGAAGAGAGUUGCUGAAGAGAAGAAAUCAGCGAGGAAGAUGGGGCUCGGAGUACGCCUUCUGCCACCCUCCGCAGAGGAUGCUGCCGCUGCCGGUCCUGUGAGGGUUGCCUC